AGUGAAUUUCGUUUUCGUUGCAGCCUAAUAUCUUAAAAUAGGCCGAUACCUUUAACGUUAAAAACAAUUUCUAAAACUGGAAAAUGUUUUCUGACACAAUGGUGUAUUAAAAUUGUGAGGUUAAAGACUUGAUUUGUCAAAAAUUCCAUCGUACAUUGCAAAAAAUAGUUUUAACAAACCUGUUAUGGAAACUUCAACAAUUGAGAAAAUAAAACCAUUAAAAUUUUCAGCAAGUUUAUCGUUUCUUUUUCCAGAAGUUUUAGGUAUUCCAAAACGAUAUGCAGCUGCAAAGGCAUCAGGCUUUCAAGGAGUGGAGUGUACAACACAUAUUUAUGACUAUGCCCUACCUGAGCUGAUUGCUGCUCAAGAAAGUACAAAACUAAAACAAGUUCAAAUGAAUUUUUUUUGCGGUCAAAACAAUGGAAUAGCAGCUGUCCCAAAGCGUAAUGAGGAGUUUAAACAGUGUCUUGAACUAUCUAUACAAUACUGUAAUGCAUUAAAAUGCAAAAGAUUGCACAUUAUGGCAGGAAAAUAUCCAGAGGGAGUUGAAAUAACUGAAGAGACAAAGUCUACUUUUACAGAAACAUUUAUUGAAAAUUUAACUUAUGCAUCACAGAGACUUGAAUCAGAACGUAUUAUGAUUCUUAUUGAACCAUUAUCUAAUGUAGAAAACUAUUUUCUGACUUCAACAAGUCAAGCUGUUGCUAUUUUGAAGAAAAUGAAUCUUCCAAAUGUUAAGUUGCAACUGGAUUUAUAUCAUCAUCAAAAAACUGAUGGAAAUGCCAUACAAGCUGUAAUAGAUUAUUUUCCGUUCAUAGGUCACAUUCAAAUAGCUCAGUUUCCUGAUCGUAAUGAGCCAGACAGUCCUGGAGAUAUUAACUAUCCAGAGGUUUUUAGACUGCUUGUUCAUUUGGGAUAUACUGGCUGGAUAGGAUGUGAAUAUAUUCCAAAAGAUCCUCAAACAUCGUACAAUUGGUUGCAGCAGUAUUUAUUUCGUUAACGAAUCCGAGAUCUUAGUUUUGGCUUUUGUUUUAUUAAUUGAUUCAGUUUUAUAAAUGAAUACACUUUAUAAAUAAAUAUAGCAUUUAUAAUAAAUAAA